CCUCAGCUGCGAAGCCGUUUUUUUCUUUCAUUCGCGGAAUUGUCCUUAUUUCAUCCUAGCGCGGCAUGAUCUCGUUACUCGUAUCUCGCACAGGCUGCACUUCUGGGCAGCAACCUUCGGUCUCCCGCCUGUCUCGAGUCUUUUGCAUAUAGUGCGACAACUAAGUCUAGCCACCGUUUAUUUGUUUUUGUGAGGACCCCCACGGUAGAAGACGUUUUUUUUGCAUUACCACAUCUGAAAUACCGCAACCGCUUUAAGCAGGGCAUCUUUGAAUUCCGAUGCGACGUCGGACUAGCUGGCUCUUCGUCCUCACACCUCAACGCCUCACGUGCUCCACGACUAGACGUGUAACAUUCGCGUCGGCCGCAAAAGAAAGCAAGUGCCUGGUUUGAUUCAUCCGGGUAAGCCGCGCGUCUGUAAAUAAAAUCCUGCUCCUGAGCCUGAAACUGAGUCCGAGGACAGUAGGUGCAGCGGAGCUCCUGCGCCAUCAUCCAAAAUGGGCUCUGCCUUCGGGGUGAUUUCGGAGGAAACGCCAGCGUAUGAGGUCCUCCAGCGGUUUAUCGAAAAGAAAAAUCCUUCUUCCCCAUAUCAAAAGGAGAUUUCAGAUGCUGCCUUUGCGUACACACAUGAGGUCUGUCUUGCUGUGAGGAAUCGCGCCCACAUUCUUAGGAGCGCAAGGUUCAUCUAUCUGUUUAGCAUUGGAAACGCCGGCCCGUUGACGAACCAGCAUGACAAAUCGCAUCCAUAAUGCGGCGCAUCCCUCAGCGCUUGUCUUCUUGCAAGACAAAAAUGAUUUGUGGCCACAAAUCUGCAUCACAACGGAUGCCUUUUCAAUACGGGGAGGGAGGAUUUUUCCUCACAAUACGGCUCGAGAACUACGAAAUCCGGAGGUACGAGCCCCGCGUCGCGGUCCAGGUCGCGAUGAACCACGCCAACGAUAGCACGGCGUUCAAAACUAUCAACUGUAAAAAUGUCUGGGUCUGGAAGAAUCCAACUUGUCAUGCUGAUUUUGGAUUCUAAACAAAUCUGUAUUGCAUGAGCAGCAAAGAGAGUCCAAGUUUUGCUACACGGAAAGAGCAUUUGUCAUGCGGCAUAGGCAUCAGGAAGCCCUCACAAAAUCUGUGAUGCUAGGGCAUGCAUCACAGACAUCAGGAGUCAUGCAAAAUGUGCAUGACAAGCCUGGAAAUCUCCCAGACCCAGACAUUUUUACAGUUGAUAAAAACCCUUGCGGGCUACAUCGGCGUCAUGUCCAGCCCACGGAACGAAAGGAGCGAAGCUAUCAAAAUGAAAAAUCCCCCCUCCCCAUAUCAAAACGGAAAUUUGUGAUGCUGAUUUGUGGCCACAAAUCAGCUUUGUAUUGCAGAGAGGCACUGCGGCCAGAUCCCCAGGCUAGGUAGGGGCGUAUGGGUCUAGUAGUUCAGCAUGGCAAACGGCCCCCCUUUGGGCCCAACAGCGUGACAAAUCGCUGCGAUAAUGGGGCGGAAGCUUCUGCCCUUGUCUUCUUGCAAGACAGACGUGACUUGUGGUCUCAAAUCAGCAAGACAAAUUUUCGGAAACAUACCUUUUCGAUAUGGGGAGGGGGGGAUUUUUCCUCUGAAUAGAAGCAAUCGCCAUGACCGCGCCCGUGGUAUCUUCGACGUCCUCUUCUUCCUUAAUCGGCAUGAAACCAAGUACGGGCGUGGCAGACGCGGCUAGUAGUUCGGCGGCUCCAAGAACUACGCAGAACAAGCAGCAGCAAUCUACUUUGUCAGAAAAAAAAGUAGAUGUUGGACCUCAAGAUGACCAGCACUUGAUGCAGUUCGUCCUGCCCAAAAUCUACGACAUGACCAUUAUCGACUGCAAAUUUAUGGGGUUCUCAAAUGUUACAUUCGCAACUGUUACAUGAUUUGUCAUGCAAAAGUACCAUUAUCAUCUACACCAUCAAGCUGUUCUGCAUAACAAAUUCUGGAAGGGCGAAACAGGCUCAUAGUCAGUUCCAAAUCUGUCAUGCAAGACGCGCAAGGCCCCCCCCUUUCAUUCUUCCCAUUCUUGCAUCACAAAUCAUGUAAUCAUGUAACAGUUGAGAAUGUAACAGUUGAGAACGCCAUAAAAUCUCUCUGCUGGGUCUGAAAAGUGACUGGUAACAAGCACAGUGUAAUGCACCGCCAAGCAUGACAAAUACAGAUUUUCACUUUUUCGUGGCUCUGUGUUGCGUAAUAUUCCACAUGAGGUCUAGUUUGUGUAUGACAGACCAGGGAAUUGUGACCUCUUGCUGGUCACGCAAUACAGAGCUCAGUGUCAUGCCAGACUGGCAUGACAAACGCAAACCUCGCAUUCUGCAUAGAUAGAAGGCAGAUGACAUGUUUGCAAUGUAUAACCAACCACCCCCCGCCCAAGCCCACGCCGACCUGGUCGUCGCCGAAUCUGAGCACCGCUAUUGUCGAGCGGCCCGAGAUAUCCUGUGCAAAAGUAUCUUACUAGCAUAAAUCGCAAUAGAAAUUAGCUCAGUAUCACAAACUUAAAUUUGUAAUGCUGAUUUACCUUAACAACUAGAUUUGUAAUGCAUAACUGCAAUUAGUACGAAUACGAUACUUCUGCACAGGAUACGAGAGAACGUUCGCGGUGCACACGUUUUCCGGUCGGUGGACCAGUUUCGAGGAGCAGAAACGGGAACUGCUGAGGUGGCUCAAAGAGGAGAAGGAGGAUGACAGUGGGAACAUGCUGAAAAUCAAGGUGAAACAGCCUUUGCACUUCGAGGUUUACCGGUACAACCCCCCCUAUGCAUUACAAAUAUGUCUGGCGGGUCUGGAAAGUUGUGAUGCUAAUGUCCGAAUGAAGAUACGCAAGCGCAACCCGUAUUUGAGGGCCGCGCAUGCCAAGUUUCUGAGCGGCUUUGUCUAGCGUGAACCGCAUGAGGAAUGGCCUUUUUAUUGCAUGAGAAACAAGUGGCACUGUAGCGCACCAAGCAGGACAAAUCUUUCUGUCUUGUCGCCCAAGCAUGACUUCCAGACCCAGACAUAUUUGCAAUGCAUACCACCUGGACGCUGCCGAUGUUCCGAACGAAUGAAGUCGCGAUCGAAGUGGAACUGACUUGAAGUAGACGUGCUGAUUUGCUGCUUUUUGCUUGCGAGAAGUGAGAUUUGGAUUUCUAUCUCGACGAACAUCUGGAGUAAUUAUAGACGCAGCUUCAGUCUUUGUGCAUAGACGCGGUGAUGCUCAUCCUCGUCGACCACGAGCGUUCUUGUAGAGGCACUCGGACCGAAAACGAAUAAUGCAACAAUGCAAAGUCAUACUCAUUUGAUUUUGAACCUCCUGCACGAGCAC